UCUGCCAAGCUGCUGUAAACAGCCUGCUUCAGACCUUCCCUGAACACAGCCACGCUCGGGAUAACCAGGGCGGGUCCACGUCUUCAGAAAGUCUGCUCCGCCGAGUUUGGUGCUGGUCAGUUUUGGUGCCAUGGAAUUCACCAAGGCUGCCCUCUUAGCCUCUAAGCUGGCUUCUAAGAUGCUGUCUGCAGGGAGCCUGGCCAAAGUGGGUGGGGCGGCCUCCAACAGCAUCUUGGCAGGACUUCCUUCCCUGGCCAAGGCUGCUGUAGCUGUGGUGGGCGGAGCUUCCGCCGUGGCGGCUGUGCCCGCGGUGCUGGGCGCGGUGGGCUUCACCAGUGCAGGAAUCACCGCCUCCUCCCUAGCGGCCAAGAUGAUGUCAAUAUCUGCCAUUGCCAACGGGGGCGGAGUGGCCGCUGGCAGCCUGGUGGCCACCCUCCAGUCUGUGGGAGCAAGUGGACUCUGCAUGUCAUCCAAACUCCUGCUGGGCUUCGCUGGGUCCACCCUCGUGUCCAAACUGGUGGGCCUGUAACAGUUUCCUGUCUCUCCCUCGGCAGAGAAGAGGGCCAGGUGGGGCCCUGGCUGCCAGCCUGAUGCAGUGAGGGACCCAGUCCUGGGGUGACAAGUGCCAAACACUGUACCCCCAGAAGAAAAUGAGAAAUAAAAACGAGUUGUGAAAAAAAAACC